AUGGCAAAACUCACCGACCUGUGUCCGGAGAUUGUUAUUCUCAUUGCAGAGGAGCUCAAUGGCUGGAAUGGAGAAAUUUACCAGUUCCGGCUGACCUGUCGGUAUCUUGCCCGGUGCUCCCAAAAAGUCUUCAUCGAGUGGUAUGUGAGUCAUUGUUGGGCCAACUUGACUCGCAAGGACUUGCUGAGGUGUCUGGAGAUUGCGAAAACCCCGGAUCUCGGCCCUUUCAUCGAGGAACUCGAACUUGUUAUGAGCCCCAAGCGCUCAAGUGACACUGAAGGUCCGCUGAGCAACAUUGGAGAGCUACCUGAGCAAGAUUGGUUUUACCGAUCAGCUUUGGAUAUUAGCUAUCUUACCCAAAUUUUGCAACAUUCAGUUAAUUGCAAAAAAAUCAUUGUUGAUAUGACAGACGGCGACAGUGCGUGGGAUAAGGAAACAUCGGCGAAUGGUCUAGACAACAAUCAAAAUCAUAUCGGACAUGCGGUCUACAUGACACUAGCGGCUCUGGCUGGCGGCGACUCUCAGAUCACUUCUUUGAUGAUUGGGAUACAGGAUGGGGGUAGUCUUCAGCCAAUCAGUUUGAGCCUCCCUGAGUCCUUCCUGGAUCCUAAACUACCAUGGAUCAACUCGUUGAAGACGUUGUACCUUGCCAUAGGUCCUGGUGGUCUUGGAUACUCCGAUAAUUGGGCCGAGCUUCCUGCAAUUUCCGCUGGUGCUGGGGAUCAAGAUGUAUGGGGCAAGCCUCUGGCCAAUUUCAUCAAUUUAUUUCCAGGACUGGAGAGUUUGAAUUUGGUUUUCUCUCACUGUCUGCAUUCAGACUACUUCAACGCUCUGGUUCCCAUGUUGACGCCUAUGAAGAUUCAAAAGUUGGACCUUGGAUAUUGCGAUUGCUGGCCAGAUGACCUUUUGAGUUUCUUGCGUUUGUGCAGUCCUAGCCUCCAAAGCCUUUACCUGUAUGGUGUGAACCUUGAAGGCUCGUGGAGACCAGUGUUGGCUACAAUUCGUGACGAGCUUGGUCUUGCGUCAUUCGGAAUGAGUGGAUGUCAAGAGAAUAUGGUUGAAGAGCUCACUUUCAGGGAAGGAGACUUGAACAGGUCAACGAAUUUUUUACUGGUGGGCAGAGACCCAUCUUUGUGGGAUCGUCUUGACAGAGGUCUAAGAUUAUGUGCAGCUCCACCCAUGGCACCAUCUGGCAAUGAUGUCAGACAUGUCAUUAGUUAG